AUGUUAGGAUCUUCACUGCCAAGAAACAUGAUAGCGAGGACUCUUAAAGCCUGCGAUGAACUUCUCGGCGAGGUUGCAGAACAGAUCAUGGGAGGACGGCUCCGCCUCGCCGGAGGCCAUGCGUUCCAAUGGCGAAAGUACGCGCUCAAGUGA